GGCGACCAGCUCAGCCACUUCUACUUCUUGACCCGAUAAAGUGGAUCUCAGAUCAGCCCCCAACAACGGGCUGCAAAUAAUGUGACAUGGGAUCGUGCACGAGACGACACUUCCUGUUGUCAAUAUGCUUCCUGCAAUUGUUGUUCAUCACCGAGCGGCAGGUGUUCGACUUCCUCGGCUACAUGUGGGCACCGAUCUUGGUGAACUUCUUUCAAAUCCUGUUUGUGAUAUUCGGUAUCUUCGGUGCCUGUCAGUAUCGGCCCCGGUACUUAGUAGCGUAUUCACUGUGGAGUCUGCUGUGGUUAGGAUGGAACAUCUUCCUAAUAUGCUUUUACCUAAACGUAGGAAUCUUAGAUAGGGAUAGCGAUUUACUGAACCUGGGGACGGGCAGUGUGUCGUGGUUCGAGGAGAACGGCUACGGUUGCCGGCCGACGUACCCGACCAACGUCACCUCCGAGGACCCGUAUCGACCGGUGCGACCCGAGAAGGUCGAAGGCUGUCUGCUGGAGUACCACAUCGUGGAAGUGGUACACUCGGGCGUUCACGCGGCGCUGGCGGUUUUUGGAAUAUUCGGUGCCAUCUGCUUGGGCCACACGUUUCUGGAUGAGGACGAUAGCUGUAAAAAUAGCAAGAAGGGCGCCAAGCACCGGCAGUCCCUCUACUCGGUCGAGUUUAGCCGCCCGGUGGACACGAUCCGGGGGGCGCACCCGAACAGCGGGUACGACGAUGACGAGCUGAUUGCGGGCGGCACCGGACUCGGUGUCCCGUCGUCGCUGAGCCCGAAACCGAUGACUCCACGGCGCGUCAAGCGCCGGUCGGUGAUGCAACGCGGUGCCACGGCCGGCAGCAGCAUCCGGCAGAGUAGCCGCCGGGUGGCGGCAGCGGCCGCCGCUGCAGCAUCUCUCGCAGCGGCCGGUGCUGCGGCCACAGGCGGUAGCGCUCACCAUCACCACCAUCGGAGCAGCACGCGGGCUUCGCGGCGCAAAAUGAUGCACCAGAACCCGGUCACGAAGCUACUCAACCAGCAGCAGCAGCAACAGCAUCAACAGCACCAUCACCACCAUCAUCAUCAUCGACACGGCGGCGGAGUCACCGGCGGCGGCGGCACGGUGAUGGACGACGCGGGCACGAUGACCCUCACCAAGACGUUCCCGCCGUUCGUGCACAACAAAAACCCGGACCUGACCGAGUCGAACCUAAAGUCCCUGAACAACGACUACAUCCUCGGUCAGUUUAACAAUUUCGGCUCCGGUGUGAUUGACGGAGUCAACACCGUGGCCAGCAACAACCUGAAUACGUUCAGUGGCCAUCAACAGCAGCAGCAACAGCAACAACAACCAGUCCAGCUACAACAGCAACUGCAGCUACAGCAGCAGCAACAACAACUUCUGCUACAGCAACAGCAAUUGCCGCUGCCGUUGCCACCGCAUCGCCAUCCGAUCCACACGCCACCGACGCUCCCGCCACCACCCGACGGCACCAGCCCGAUCGAUCCGAUCUACUACAACAUGAACUCGUCCUCCCCGUUGCUCCAGCAGCAAACAUCCUGGGCGUCAGCUCAUGCCGCCCAACAGGCGGUAGCGACGGCAUCGACGGGAUUCUACGGUGGCGUCGGCGGUGGCCUUUCGAACCCGGUCUACCAGCACUCGAACGCCAACCUCGCCAACCACAGCCCGGAGCUGAACGAGGAGUACUACGGCACGAACGGGAACCCCAACCGACCACCGUCGGUCCGCUCGAGCUAUUCCAACUUUCAUGGAACGCGUCCCCUCAGCUCGUAUCAUCUGACGGCCGGCGGCGGUGUCGGGGGUCCUACCGGUGGAAUCACGAACCGGGGCUACAGUGGGUCCCCUCCGGGAGGGCUGCCACCACCGGUGGCUGCCGGGGGAACGAUGGUAGAGAACGUGUUCGCCAGUCUAACGACGCCCGCCGUUGCCAGUGGCCAGGUGACCGCGGCCACCGUCUCGAGUGAUCCGAUGGCGGUACCGCAGCUACCGAGUCGGCGAUCGGUUUCGCGGGAGAGCGUCCGGGCGAUGCAGUUCCUCAACAGUGGACCACCGGCGUACAAUCUCAACUAUCACACGCCGCCCGACUCCGAGACGACCAUGUGAGACAUAAGUAAACUCAAGCACGCCGGAGACCGAGGCCGAAGUGUGGUGAGCAGAUAACCAAAAAUGUACAAACCGGAACCGGAAGAUGGACCCAAACCGCGACUCAUUCGACUCGCCGGGCGGGGGGCCUAAAGUGAGACGAUCGAUUCUUUGAUAAGGUGUUAGUUUUGUAUUCGACUUUUAAGCGUUCGGUCAAGCGUCACCCAGUGAGAGAAUGUGAGGUGGAAACCCUAACGCUACCGAAACGGAUAAUCGGUAGGUGGGAAACGGUAGACUCCACCCAACGGAACGGUGCUGGUGGAUGAUCUAACGAGAUCGGCGUUGGGUGAUCGCGCACCGGAAGAAGAUCUUUAAAUAUGCCAAAGUUUAUGAAACUUUUUUUUAAAUAAUCUAGACGCUGUAGGACAUUUAGAGAACUUUUACGAGAGGUCUACUAUCUACUACUAACGGGAAAACGAACUAAUACUGCGCGGAACGCCUUAGAUAGCUAAGCAAUAUAACUUACUGUGACACGGCAGCUCAGAGACGAGAUUCGAGAUUUAAGCCCUCCUUUAUUAGUAUGCGAGAUGAGAAGCAAUAAUGCAAGGGGGCCCAAUGCCAACAGCCCCGUGCCACGCAUCCGCUGGAUGAUUUUAUUAGAAUGGAAAAGGACAGGAAGGACGUGAUUUUUAAACAUAUUUGCGUGGCGUGUAUUUGGUGUUCGUGCUCGCUCCCACUUUCGCAACAGUUUUCCAAGAGUUUGUGUCAAUAAAAAGACGAAUAAACGCGGU